AUUUAGGAACACGUACACAUACUAUCAGCUGAAAUGUAAAAGGUGUAGGCCUUUACAUGUCACAGUAGGAGAACAACAAGUGUGAAUGAAUCAAUGUUUCACUGUCAUAGCUGCCUGGGACACUUAAUGGCACAGCUGCCUUUUUUAUGUUAUUAAUAACACCUUUGCUUUUCCUGCUACGACAAGUCAGAAUGUCAUUUGUGACAAACAAGACAGGAGCUCAAGAUCAGGUUAGUGUAAAAUGCAUCUUAAAGCCCUUGCUUUAGAUUAUGUUUUUAUUGUCCAACAAAUUUGCAAAUAAUCAAAUUAACACAAACUAAUUGGCUCACUGGGAACCUGGGUUCCUUGGGGCCCCUAACGGUUUUGGGUCCCAAGCCAGUUUCCCACUUUGCCUGGUUGGUAAUCAACUCUUGACCAAAUGUUGCAAUAUAAAUACAACUGGUAAGAUUCAACUGAUGCAUUAUAUUUUAUAAGCUGAUGUUUUUGUAUCUACAUUGCAGAGUAAAAACAUAUUUGAAAUGUACGCCUCCAUAUGAGUAAAAAUAUAAGUUCUACUACUAAAAAGUCAGUACUCGGUGCUUUGUACUUCUCAGGUGUCAUGGAGAUAAGAGUAAAUACAGAAGUGCCAGAAGUUACAACCGAAACCCCGACUGAAAAUAGAGUUUCUCUCCAGGAACUAGAAGUCUGACUGAAGACACGGCCAACAGGACAAUGAGAAGGGUUCUUCUUUGAUGGUCCAGAACAAACUGGUGAAUCAUGCUGGUUGCAUCUUCCCCUUACCACACUGGAUGAUGGAGCAGACAUGUGCACAUACCUUCUACUCUGCCAAGCAACAAAUAAAGAGGCACAAUACAAAGGUGGAAUUUGGAGUUUUCUGUGGCCCCCUCCCCGUGAGACCCACAGACCUUGGGCUCCUGCUGCGAAUGGGAUAUUGUUCUGCGCUCCAACAAAGCUGUUUUCACCCUCUUCAAUAUUACAGGAGGAGUUACCUGAUACCUAACAAUCAGCUAAUCCACUGCCCAUGGCGACGAGGUCACCUGUGCACAGGGGCUGAGAUGAGAAAAGGAGGGCUAAUGAACUCCAGGUUGCCAGGCAUGUGCAAACGAUCACUGCAGGUUUGCAGAGAGCAGCGCCAGGCUUGCUGGAUUACUGCAUGCCACCACCACCACCACCACCACCACCACCCCCCCACCCCCCAUCCUCAAGGUUUGCCUACAUAGACAUGUGCUUUUUGUCUGUAAUUUACAUGUUAUAUCCCUAAAAUCUCAAAAACCCUCAGAGAUCAGUCCUUAAUUUCCUCAGUCAUCUUGAAACUAAAUGUGUUAGAAAGGAUUAAAAAUGUCUGUUUUAUGUUUUUAUAAAUAUAAACUUUUAUUGCAGUAUGGAGAUUUAGAAAAAUACAUUCACAUAAUUUCAGAUAACAAAUAUAUCAUUCAAACUAAGAUAAAAAAAAAACAAAAAAACAAACAAAACAAAAAACAAAAUAAAUGACCAUCAGUUUACUAUUUGCCCACGAUUCAUUUUUGGUAUUUUUACAUUAAAGCACUGAGGAUACUUUCACUGAAAUGUCCAUUCAAAUUGAUGGGAUCAUGUCAUAAAUCCUGACAAAUUAAAGUGUUACCAGUCCUCUAGUAUGAAGACAUGUGAUGCACUGAUACAUGUGCGUGGUCUGACUUGGCUGUGAGGCUGAAAUGUGCUAUUAUGGUCAUGUAUGACAGCGAGGAAUUCGGCUCCUGUUGUGAAACGCACCGGACACACUUGACAAAUGGGCUCUACAUUCUCUCUUUUCUUUCCCUCAUCUGACACCCAACAAGUGUUCCAGAGACGGCGGCGGCGGGCGGCGGUGGUAAAUCUCUGAAGCUCCUGCCUGCACACCAAACGCAACAGCUACAACUGAUUAUUCACAAAAAGAAAAAAAAAAGUAAAAGGCACUAGUGUCCAAAACAUUAUGACGCCAUGCAAAGAGAAAUUAUUACAAUCCCUCUCCGGUUUAAAGGUGGGACUAUAUAAAAACAAUAAAACAGAUUUGUCCUCUUA